AUGCAAAACAUUGUGCCAUUCAAGCGCUACAAGAUAUCAGUUUACCCUUUGUACAAUGAUGGCCCUGGAUCUCCACUUUCAACAAAGGCAUAUUUACAAGAAGACAGUCCAGCAUCUGGUCCCUUUGUUCGUCUGAAGGAAGCAGGAAAAGCAGCAGCUCAGUUGGAAUGGGAUGAAAUUCCAGUAAACGAAAGGCGUGGAUUCAUCACAAAUUACACCAUCUUUUGCAAGAGUGCUGGUGAAAAUGAAUCAUAUGUAACUGUGGGCUCAGCAAGUCGCCAAUACACAUUGGUUAACUUAAAAGGCAAUACUUUGUACCGAGUAAUUAUCAUGGCUUCUACAGCAAAAGGAGGUACAAAUGGCACAGCCGUCUCUUUCAAAACAUUAGCCUUUGCGAAACAAGAAAUUGCAACUAUCAUAGCAUCCACCAUCCCGGUUUCCCUGUCAGUCACUAUUAUGAUGUUACUUGUGUACUUUAUGAACAAGAAUCCUAAAAACAAUUGUCAGAAUGUCCCAGAUGCAGCACACAGUCAUCCUUACCUAAAUUCACCAAAAUGUCAAUCUAAGAAUAAUUUUGAUGCAAAAGAGCUGGAAAAGGCCUCUGAGACCAUCAGAACUAUAGGACAACAACUGCAAAGUGAGGAGAAUGAGUCAUAUCAGGUCUAUUCAAGGAACGCUGAAGAUCCAACUUUGAUGGGGAGCCACACGGGUCAGCUACCACCAUCUCGGAACUUACAGUCAAACUUGACUUGUCUGUUACUGAACUCAGAGGAGGUAUUUCAGGUGUAGGUUAAAAAGGAGUUGGAAUUCCAAGUCCGUACAUUUGCACAGGGAAUAAUAUUGAAAAAAUUGUUGAAACAUAGAGUAUGGCCUUCAUGGCUUGGUGGCAACAAAAGUGAACUAAAAAUAUCUCACAGUAGAAAUAUUAUCAUCAUACUGUUGAAAGAAUCCUAAAUUGUCCAGGAAGACAGUGAGUCACAGUGGGCAGACCGCAGUUAAUCCUUCAUUAUGCUGAAUCAUUUCCUUCGCCAAAUCAAAUCUUCAAAUGCCUGAAACCUUCAGUUCAGCUUCUAGAAGAUGUGAAAAAGAUGUCAAUCAAACCUAUUUUGAUGCAUGUGCUCAAUGACUGAAUGACUUGUGCUUGGAGACAGUCCAGCACCUUGUUUCCCAGUUUCAAAUGAACUACUUAAAUGUUAAUAUGAGUAUUGCUGAAAAAGACAAGUUUUCUUGAAGCUUUGCAUCUUGCUUUCAUCAGAACAAUUUGCAAGAAUAUCAAUUCAAGAAGUAAAACAAAAUAAAUACUGUAUGGAAGGACAGCACUAAUUGUUUGGCAUUUUAGGGAUACUGAUCGAUAGAGUCAGUACAGUGGAAAAGGUACCAAUUAAUGAUGGUUGACAGCUAACUGUCAGACUUUGUUUAAGUUUUAAACCAGGCAGGUUUACAUUAAUUGGUCAGGGCAUUGCCCCAAGAGCUGAGCCAGGGAGUGGCUGUCAGCUAUUUUGUUGAGUUGAAACACACGCAGUGUGUGUACAUGUCCUUUCCAUCUACAAAGAAUAGGGCCCUGUAUAUUAACACAUUUAACUUCCAGUCCAUGCAAGUACACUGAUGGAGGGUUUUAUGAAAGGUCGAGGCUUCAGACCUGAGCGGAGCGUGACAAGAUAAAUUUAUUCAAGCUUAUACCACAUGCAUGCAGGAAAGGUCUUCCAAGUCAAGCUCAAAGACACUCCACCGUUUACAGCUCAAAACAACACAUUUAUACAUCUUCACAUCAUAAUGGUUACAUACAACAUUGGUAUAAAAGAAAUUAUGUGACAAUCAAGUGUCCAUCAUUCUCUUUUUUAGCUUUUGCAAACUUAAGUUGUUGUUUUGCAUUUUGUGACUCCUGGGCCUCAUAUUCUCUCUGGUUUGUGCUGCAAUCUAGGGUUUUAUCAGAGCAUCUGAUAUUUUCAAGGCUUAUCUGUCCUUACCAUCUCCUCUCUAUGCCCUAAGCUCCUACUUAUAUUGCUGCAUAGUUAUUUCGAGCAGUAUAGGUGAUCUCUGACCCCUAAGUGACUGGUGACUGUCCUCUUUUAUGGUCAUGUGGUCAAAUUGCCUAAGUUGCACUAGCUGUUUCCUGAUAUGGAUGUGUUUUGCUCUGAGUCCUACUCUCUACUGCUUGUCUAAGCUUUUUUUCUUCAACUGUGUUCCAUGUUUCAUACUAUUCUGCUCCUUUCCAUGGGUUUUCCAUUUCUUACACUCUCCUAUCUUCCUUACCUUUUUUUCAUGCAGCAUAUGGCAAGCCUGACUAACAAUCCUAAAUUGGGUGUUAAUGCAAUAUUCCAUACACUCAGGAUUAUCCAGCAAAUAUCCAAUUGCAGUCUCCAUCUAAUGUUGGACACUGUUGUAAGUUUUACAAGUGAAGGCCAGUUGGAUAUGGUCAGUAUCUUGCUUGUUGUGAAGAAAAUAUGCCAUUUUAUAUGACUCUUUGGGACAUACUGCCUGUCAUACCUGACAUCACACCAGCACUGAAAUUCAUAAACCACAUUAUUCAAUGUGUGAUAGGCAGACCAUUUUUUUGGUUUGACAGCAAGAUCAUAUUAGUGGCGAACAACACUCAUUUUGCUGCUGCACAGUAACAGUGUGAAACAAUUAAUUUCAUCUUUUGCUCAAAACUUUGAGACACCGUACCCUUCCAGGGUGCUCUGAGGUAGACUGGGCAUUUUCCAGAACCAAGAAUAACUACCUUAGGUUUGUUCAUGAAUUUGCACAAAAGCCAGAAAUAGUCUCAUUAAGGUAGCCACUGUCCUGCAUUAACAAGAUCACCAAUAAGGCCAAUAUUAUUGUGCAUGGAUUGUAGAAAUCCCACAAGGUAUGCUGACCAGUGAGGGUAGGUUUGUAGGUGACAGUAGUAGGAACCCCCUGGUUGAUUCCUCACUAGGAUAAUGAGGAAAGGGAGUUCAUUUGACUGGUCCAUGCUUAACGUUACUUUGAUUGCAGGAUGGGGCCCAUUAAGACAUGCACAGAAAUUCUUGCGUGCACAGCUGCGGAUUCACAUUCAGCAUCCAUAGCAUCUAUGCAUUGGAAAUAUACAAGUGGCAGGAGAGCUGUUGUCACUUCAUCGAAGACACAUUUCUCAUGGAAUGCAAUAAAUAUGUAUGUGAGCGCUGGAUCUAGCAGUGAUCCCAUGACAACACUAUUUAUUUGGGUGCACUUGAUGUCAUUGAAACUGAAUUCACUGCACAAGUUGCAGAGUUCAUAAGUGAAUACUGAUUUACACAAUGGUGACAUGUCUAGAUCUGUCUCUUUUAUCAGGCAGUACUCAAGUUCUGUACUGCGACUAUAAAUAUUAAUUAUUUCCUAACAGCUGGAAAAGAUCUUUAUGACAAUGUUUGCACAAUAACUUGAGGGGCGGUUAUAUUACCAUUAAAGUAUUUCACGGUAGAAGUGACUGCAGGGGAGAAAGAAAACAUUUAUUCAGUCUGUCCAGCCUGUCAAUUUAAUUGUGAUUUAUUAAUUCAGUCGGGAAUUUAAUUUCAGAUUAUUUUCCCAAAUAAACAACUGCAAAGUUAACCAACACCAGGAAAGUGUAUGUAAUUAAAUUCUGUUCCAAAACACA